AUGAAUCGAUUCUUUGUAGCUUUGGUGAUACUUCUUCGAUGUUGUUUGGUCGGUGCUUUUCUUUUUCCUAAUCUAGAUUCGCCUGCCAGCAGAAUUGCUCAGAACAAGGCAUACACAACGGCCUUAUCAGCGACAUCAUCUUUGCUUCCACCAGCUAUUUCGAUUGAAGACCUCAGUUGCACACACAAUGGUGGAGAGACAUGGCAACUGAAGGACGUAUCUUAUGUCUUGCCACGUGGUGCAAAAACUGCUUUGAUAGGACGAAACGGUGCAGGGAAAUCAAGCUUUCUUCGGAUUCUAGCUGAUUGUUGUAGAGAUCGACAAACAGAUGAAGUAGACUUCAAGUAUACAGGAAAAGUGAGCCCAGCUAGGGAUGCGCGCGUUUCCAUGGUUGCUCAAGAGCCACCAAUGCCCAGUGAUGUGAGAGUUUCUGAUGCAGUGCUGGGUAUUGAGCGUACAGACGAUUCAUCAGAUGGUAGAUCAAAGAACGUUUAUGAAGUUGUUCGUAGGUAUCGAAUGGCGAUGCGAAAGGUAGAAGAAGAUCCUGAAAGUGAUCAUGGAUUCGCCGAAGCAUCAGCAGCCAUGGAUGAAAGUGAUGGAUGGGGUGUAUUAACAAAGGCUGAUGAAGUGGCAACAAAACUUAGAGUCUAUCACCUGUAUGACCAACCUCUUAACCAACUUUCGGGCGGCGAAAGGAAAAGAGUGGCGCUUUGUGCGGCCCUCGUUGAAGAGCCUGAUGUAUUGUUGCUCGAUGAACCAACAAACUUCUUGAGCCUUGCUGGCGUUCAAUGGCUAGCAGAUUUGUUGAAGUCUGAUACAAAGAUGACGAUACUGAUGGUGACACACGACCGCGCAUUCAUGGAGGAGGUUUGUGAUCGAGUACUGGAGUUAGAUCGAGGGUCCCUUUACGAACACGAAGGUUCGUUUGCAAGCUUCCUUGAGGCCAAAAAUGCGAGACUGGUAGCGGAGGAUGCGGCUGUCCAGGCUGCAAAGGCUAAGUACCGUGUUGAAUUGGACUGGAUGCGUCGUCAACCUCAAGCUCGGCAGAGCAAAUCAAAGGCACGUAUUGAUGCUUUCUACAAGCUGGAGAAGGCGACAAAGCCACGAGCUAUAGACCCGAACUUGGCUCUUGGCAAUGAUGGUCAGAGUCGUUUGGGGACAAACAUCUUAUCGAUGAAGAAUGUGUCUUUGAGAUUUGGUGAUCGUAUUAUGCUCGAUGAUUUUUCGUAUGACUUUUGUCAAGGAGAUAGGAUUUGCCUUGCUGGUGCAAAUGGUGUCGGCAAGACCACAUUUGUGAAGCUUCUUACUGGUGAGAAUACCCCAGACAGUGGUGUCAUCGAAAUCGGUGACACUGUUGUUUUGGGUGUCUACGAUCAGCUAGGACUCAAAUUUGAGGACGGAAUGGAGCAGAAAACAGUCUUGGAAUUCGUUAUGGAUCAGGUUCAGUCAAGCCAAUCCAAUGCGCUGUCUGAGGAUCCAGCUGAAGCCCGAAAACUAUUGAAACAAUUUGAAUUUCAAAGAAGCCGAUGGAAUGAACGCGUUGUCCUCCUGUCUGGAGGCGAACGUCGGAGGUUACAGCUGCUUAAGGUACUUACCCACAAACCGAAUUUUUUACUUCUUGAUGAGCCGACCGUGGACUGUGAUCUUGAUACUCUUUCAGCGUUGGAAACAUUCCUACUAUCUUUCAAAGGAGUCCUUUUGACAGUUAGUCACGAUCGAUCUUUUGCGGACAAGGUUACAGAUCACUUGUUCAUCUUUGAAGGUGAUGGUGUAGUUAAGGACUUCCAAGGAAGCCUCAGCGAGUAUGCGUCGUGUCUAGUUGAACUUGAGAAUGAAAAAAUCCAGAAUCAGAAUACUGAUAGCGACAACGGAAAAACUCAAUCAAAUGCGGAUUACAAACAAAGCAAAGAGGAACGGAAUAGAAUCCGCAACUUCAUCCGCAAGGCAAAGAAAGACAUGAACAAUCUAGAGAAUAAGAUGGAAAAGUUGAAAGUUGAGGCUGUGGAAAUCCAAAUGGAACUCGACAACAGCAGCGAAGAAGGUUGGACUGUUCUGGCGGACCUUACAGCAAAGCUUGACGGGGUGAACUCAGAUAUCGAAGAAAAAGAAAUGAAAUGGCUAGAACUUGCAGAAGAACUGGAAAACGUAGAGGAAUAUGCCGAUGCCUAA